CCCCUGCCCCUAGCAGGCAGCUUCGCGCAAGCCGGGCCGCAGGGCGUCCUCGCGGCGGGGCGGCUACUUUUCGGGCUCGCAGCGGCGGCGGCGUUGUAGGCUGAGGGGACCCGGGACACCUGAAUGCCCCCGGCCCCGGCUCUUCCGACGCGAUGGGGAAGGUGCUAUCCAAGAUCUUCGGGAACAAGGAAAUGCGGAUCCUCAUGCUGGGCCUGGACGCAGCCGGCAAGACAACGAUCCUGUACAAGUUGAAGCUGGGCCAGUCUGUGACCACCAUUCCCACGGUGGGUUUCAACGUGGAGACGGUGACUUACAAAAACGUCAAGUUCAACGUGUGGGAUGUGGGCGGCCAGGACAAGAUCCGGCCGCUCUGGCGGCAUUACUACACCGGGACCCAGGGUCUGAUCUUCGUGGUAGACUGCGCCGACCGCGACCGCAUCGAUGAGGCCCGCCAGGAGCUGCACCGCAUUAUCAAUGACCGGGAGAUGAGGGACGCCAUAAUCCUCAUCUUCGCCAACAAGCAGGACCUGCCUGAUGCCAUGAAACCCCAUGAGAUCCAGGAGAAACUGGGCCUGACCCGGAUUCGGGACAGGAACUGGUAUGUGCAGCCCUCCUGUGCCACCUCCGGGGACGGACUCUAUGAGGGGCUCACAUGGUUAACCUCUAACUACAAAUCCUAAUGAGCGCCCUCCACCCAGCCCCCGGAAGGAGAGAAAUCAAAAACCCAUUCAUAGGAUUAUCGCCACCAUCAUCACCUCUUUCAAUUGCCACUCUCUUUUUUGAAACUGAACUCGAGUUACUGUUCUACCGUUUAGUGGGGUUGGGGGUUUUCUUUGUUCCCCUUACCCCCCCUCUUCUAUUUCCUUUCGGCUUUGCGUUAGGAUGCUCUGAUCUGACAUUUGACACGAAUACAGUGCUAUAUGCUCUUGUGACUUCCAGCAAACGGGGUGGGGUAAUAGCAACUCUUGGUAAAGUCCUUUAUAAUAAUGGUUUUGAUUUUUUUUUUUUAUUUCGAGAGAAUCUCCCCCCAUGUAUGCCUUUUUCCUUUUUGCCCAGUUUCUUAUCACUUGCUGUAGAUGGCUUAUUUUGCAUUCAUGCAGACUAUGUUCCAAGUCUGUUUCAUCUAGUAAACUGAAAAUUAUUGCUUAA